AUGAUUCCGACCCCCAACCCUCGAGGUGGUACCUCGCUGACGCGAGAGCCCGCGGUUGUCAUCGUUUCGCGGUUGGAGGGACGCGCGCGCUGGUGGUCAGACUCCGGUCCGUUGAAUUUGCUGCAGAACCCUGGUCGAAGCCUCUUGCGCGGUCCACAAUCGAAGCGGGAGAAGCUCUUGCGAAUGUCUCUGGUGGAGAAGUAA